CAAACACAUCCAGCCUCGCGCCGUCACAGUAGGGAGCUAAACAGGGAGGGAUCACCGGGAAUAGUUCAGCUGGUGUCGACACAUAUCACCGUCUGCUUCGACUAUUUCUAACGGGAAAACCGAGAACGUACCGGUGGUGCUGGAUACCAGGAGGACGACAUGGGGGAGUUCACGGCGUUUUUGCUGUUACUGGUGGCGACCUUGACGCUUUCAUCCGAGGUGCCUGCUGAUGACUCUGUGGAUAUGCAAACUGAGCCCCAGGUGGCCAUGUUCUGCGGGAAGCUCAACAUGCACAUUAAUGUGCAGAGUGGAAAAUGGGAGUCUGACCCUUCAGGCACCAAGAGCUGCAUCGGCACCAAGGAGGGCAUCCUGCAGUACUGCCAAGAGGUGUACCCAGAGUUGCAGAUUACAAAUGUUGUAGAGGCCAACCAGCCUAUCAGCAUCGAGGACUGGUGCAAGAAAGGCCGCAAGCAAUGCCGCAGUCACACCCACAUCGUGGUUCCCUACCGCUGCCUGGUUGGAGAGUUUGUGAGCGAUGCCCUGCUCGUUCCUGACAAGUGUAAGUUCCUGCACCAGGAGCGUAUGGAUCAGUGUGAGAGCCACCUGCACUGGCACACUGUUGCCAAAGAGUCCUGUGGAGACCGCUCAAUGAAUCUCCAUGACUACGGGAUGCUUUUGCCAUGUGGUAUUGACCGUUUCCGAGGGGUGGAGUUUGUCUGCUGUCCGGCGGAGGCGGAGCGAGAGACCGACAGCGCUGAGCUGGAAGGGGAGGAGUCAGACGUCUGGUGGGGCGGAGCUGAGACCGAAUACUCAGAUAACAGCAUGACUCGCCCGGCAGAGACAGAGCCAGCCACAACUGAGGACGACGAGGAUGAAGAGACGGAAACAUUUGAAAGGGAUGAGAAUGGAGAUGGCGAUGAAGAUGAUGAUGAUGAUGAUGAGGACGACGAUGAGGACGAUGUCAUUGACGAAAGGGAUAGUGAUGAGCGCAGUGCUAACAUCGCCAUGACAACCACCACCACCACCACCACUGAAUCCGUUGAGGAAGUCGUCCGAGCCGUGUGUUGGGCUCGUGCUGAGUCCGGCCCGUGUCAUGCCAUGCUGGAGCGUUGGUACUUCCUGCCUGAGAAGGGCAGCUGUGCUCCCUUCUUGUUUGGGGGCUGUGGGGGCAACAGGAAUAACUUUGACUCAGAGGAGUACUGCCUAGCGGUCUGCAGCACCUCGUUGCCCACCAUGGCCCCCAGUCCUCCCGACGCAGUGGACCACUACCUUGAAGCACCCGGAGACGACAACGAACACUCUGACUUCCAGAAGGCCAAGGAAAGCCUGGAGGCCAAACACCGUGAAAAGAUGUCCCAGGUGAUGAGGGAGUGGGAAGAGGCUGAGAGGCAGGCCAAGAAACUUCCCCGUGCUGACAAGAAAGCUGUCAUCCAGCACUUCCAGGAGAAGGUGGAGGCUCUGGAGCGGGAGGCAGCUGGAGAGAGGCAGCAGCUGGUGGAGACCCACAUGGCCCGGGUGGAGGCUCUGCUCAACAGCCACAGACGCCUGGCUCUGGAAAAUUACCUCAGCUCCCUGCAGGCCAACCCUCCACGGGCUCGUCAGGUGUUGACCCUGCUGAAGAAGUACGUCCGUGCCGAGCAGAAGGACAGGCAGCACACGCUGAAACAUUACGAGCAUGUCCGCACAGUCGAUCCCAAGAAAGCUGCACAAAUCCGGCCUCAGCUUUUGACCCACCUACGUGUGAUCGAUGAAAGGAUGAAUCAGUCCGUCGGUCUGCUCUUCAAAGUGCCCAGUGUGGCCAACGAGCUCCAGAGCCAAGUCUCUGUUCUGAUGCAGAGAGUCCAGGCAGAGCUGUCUCAGCAGGUUUCCUCUCUGCAGAGCGAUGGGCGGGUGAGUCCAGUUUCACCCACUCACAUGUAUGGAGUGUGUCCAGUAUAAACUGCACCAGCUCUC